AUGGCCCUGCUGGCCACAACGAGCGCAGCAUGGCGACCCACGGCAAGCAUCAGCAGCAUGUCCGAAGCGGUUGCACUUGAAACAACGAAGAGGGCAACCGCGCUAAAACAUCUGCUGUUUCACCAGGCAAAAGAGUAUGGAACCUUUGUGGCCAAGAAGACGACAAAAUUGUGCCUUUCGCAAUUAAAAGAAGAGACUCUGAAGUCUUUAGACAACUCUAUCGAGGCUCUUGUGGUGGAUGAAGACUUCGCUGAUGAGAUUCAGACAGUCUUUUCUUACGAAGAAAAAAUAUGUGUAACGAAAUCAAAAAUUUGUCAGAAACUGAAUGCGCAUGGGAGACCACCUGAAGUACCACCGGAGUCCAGAACAGGCACGCAACAAACACGGGCAAGAAACCCCACUGAUACCAGGGUGAAACUACCAAAGUUAGAAGUGCCGAAGUUCAACGGAGAACUUACGCUCUGGACGACGUUUUGGGAUCAGUUCGAAUCCAGUAUUCAUACAAACGAAACUUUGCACAAAGUUGACAAGUUCAAGUAUCUUAAGAGCUUCUUGACUGGCAAAGCAGCUACCGCUAUUAGCGGGCUGCCACUUACCAACGAGAACUACGAUGCUGCGAUAGACAUUUUGAAACAACGUUUCAUCCAGAAGCAACCUAUUGUCGACCAACAUCUAGACCGUUUAUUGAAUCUGCCAAAGGUUAACGAUGCACAGAAUUCCGUUCGACUUCGGGAACUAUAUGAUGAGAUCCAAGUAAGGAUACGAAGUCUACGGGCCCUUGAUGUCGACCGGAAAGAUUACGGAGUCAUGCUGAUGACUGUGUUACGCAAGAUCAUACCAAAAGAGGUGACUUUAGACUACAAUCGCAAGUACGCGGGAGGUACCCCCGAAGGCAAAGAAGAAAUUGAGAAUUUUCUAGACUUUCUCAAAGUCGAAGUGGAAAGUCGAGAGAAGGACAUGUCGUCAAUCGACAAGCGCAUGGAAGGCGGACGUCAUAGCACGGAACGAAGGGACACAAGGCGACCUUUCGUGCGGCAAACGACCGGAGCCUUGGCGACUGGAGUGACAGUUCGACAGACAGACUGUGUUUUAUGCAAAGCAACUGACCAUACUCUAGAAAACUGGAACGGCAACCUCGCGGUUGAAGACAACAAAGCUUUACUUUCGCGAGAAGGUCGCUGCUUCAAGUGCGGAAAGUGGUAUGACCGAUCAAGAGACUGCAGAACCGCUCCUCGUCUAAAAUGCUCACACUGCGGUGGGCAUCAUCUCACGGUACUAUGUGAACAGCCCUUGAAGAGACAAGGCAAUGAAGAACCCAGGAAUUCUCGUUUGGGUGUGUUGUCAUCUACCAUGUCUGAGUCCGAAAUCAACAGAGACAGCGGCACGAUCCUUCUACUGACAGCUCGGGUAUGGGCAGAAACUAACGCAAAGCGACAGUUUGUGAGGAUAAUGCUUGACGGAGGAAGUCAAAGGACAUUUAUUAAGGAGUCCCUAUCACAUCUGCUUGACUGCGAAUCAGUAGGGGAGGAGGUGUUGACGAUAUGCGCCUUCGGUUGUAGGCCGUUGAAAAGAAGGUGUCGUCGUGUUAAAGUUUGGCUUCGCAGCCAAUAUUCCCGCAAAGAAGUGUGUGUUGAAGCUCUGGAAACACCUGAUAUUUCAGCUAAUGUGCUACACCCGCCUGAUUGUAAUCUAACACGAACCCUAACCGAGAGAGGCAUGCAGGUGGCCGACGUUGUACUUACGGGCAUAACCUGUAAAAGCGAGGUCCAGAUCCUCAUUGGUGCAGAUUCCUACUGGGCAGUAGUGACAGGCGAGACGGAACCAAUCACAGACAAGCUCUUCGCGAUUAAAACGAUAUUCGGCUGGACAGUUCAAGGCCCUACUUCCUCAUCGCCGUCUGACAACUUGGACACCAAUGUAGGUGUGCUUAGAGUAACAGCGGAAAGCUUUGAAGACGAAACUUCUUCCCAGCUGCGAAGAUUUUGGGAACUUGAACACAUUGGGAUUCAGCACAACGAAACCGAAUGCAAAGAAGAUCAUAUUAAUGAAGUGAUGGAUCAUUUUACUAAAACAAUUACGAAGAAAGACGGAAGGUAUGAAGUUUCCCUACCUUGGACAACGAAAAAAGACGAGUUACUUUCAAAUCUAGAAGUAGCAAAGACAAGACUCCGAUCGCUAACGAAACGCCUCAUGAGAGAUAGUGGGGUAAUUGAAGAGUACGAUGCUGCUAUUCGCCUCUACGAACAAAACAGACAUGCGGAAAAGAUACCAGCGGACGACAACUCGGCUAACGCUCAGUACUACCUUCUUCAUCGAGCCGGUCGUCAAGCUGUGAAAAGUGCUCUGUACAAGUGCGUGUGGUGCAAGCGGCAACGCGCUCAACCGACGUUCCAAGACGUUGCCCCGCUUCCUCCUGAUAGGAUAAACAGGACUGGACCUUUCGAGGUAACGGCAACAGACUUUGCGGGACCCCUCUUCUACAAGACUGACUUCCUGCUGAAGUAUCAUGUUAUCCGGAAAGCAGAGGACCUGCCUGAGAGAACGACUAUCUCCAGGGGUGCGCUGUCAGAUGUUUACAGUGAACUACAUUCCAAGGCAGAAGAUCUGCUGCACGGGGCAAGCUUUUGCGCCCUCACAUUUGACCUCUGGACCGACAGCUACCGUCGCAAGGGUUUCAUUACAUCAGCUGCCACUUUUGCGACGGCUCUCAUUUCAACUGACUUUGGAUUCCGACGUGUGACUCUCUCCACACGCAACCUCUUCGAACGGCACACUGGGAUUGUCAUAUUGGACGAGUAUACAAGGUACAUCGACGAGUUCAACAUCACUUCGAAAGUCAUACUGCUGCUUAAUACACCCCGGCUCAAAAGUUAA